UGCGCGUAGUUUGGAGAUGCCGGAAAUGGAAUUAAAUCCGCCGUUUAUCGCCAUUUUGUUUAAUCGAGUGCAUCAUUCUACAUCGUAUUUUUCUUACAUUUAGCUAUAUAUAUAUUCUCCUGACUUGAAUUGAUCACCAUGCCCAGGAAGAAGAAACAAAACGUGCCUGGUCCUCGUCGAAAAUACCACUAUGCUAAGCAGGUGACCACUGACAAAAAAGAAGAAAGUACAAACAGGACAAGUGAUUCAUGUAUGUGUAGCGCUGUAAGUCCCACUGAAAAAAGGGAUUGUGUUGACAUUGGUGUACAGACAGAAGUGUUUAAAGUUGUGGAAUCAUCAGUUCAAACUGUGUUGGACGUUGUUGAUUCAUCAGUGCAGACUUUAAUCACAACAGUUGAUGGCUGUGUGCAAACAUUUGAAAGUGAAAGUGACCAUGCAUAUGCGUAUUCAGAAUGUUCAUAUGAUGAUGACGUUAUGGAAUUUUCUCAUUCAAUCAAUGUGCUAAGUGAAUCUGAAGCGGAAAACUAUUUUCAUUCAAUUAAUGUGCAGGUUGAUAAGGUUGUUGAGGAGUGUGAUAUUGUCAUGGAUCAUGCAUGUACAAAUAGUUCAGGGGAUAACCUUACAUUUCUCAGUGAUGAUCUUGAAAUUACAUGUAUUGAGAUUGAGGUUGAUGAAGUACUUUUAGAAAGCCUGUCUUUCAAGGACUUUGCUACAGAAAUUAGAGAACACACUAAUGACAAGUAUACUAUUCGUGAAACUGAACGAUCUUUAACGUUAUUGCAGUUUUAUAAAGAAAGUGGGCCAGUCGAAUCUGUGAAAUUAGCAAUUGAGUUCAGUGAUGAUUUCAAAUGUAAUGUUUCAGUUCACCGACAGAGCAUUCCAAAAUCACAUCCAUUAUGGAUUGGCUCACCUGAAAUAUUUCAUGACAAAGACAGUGCUUUGAAACUGAUUGAAAAGUUGCAAACUUAUACUGUGUGUUGUGGAAAUCCUGAGCAGGCAUAUCAGAAACUUGUUCCAGUAGGAGUUGGGCUUACUAACAGUGGUAGCACAGACAUAGUUGCAUACAGGGAAGGAGACUUUGGAGCCGUGACAUCUGUGGGUACACGUUAUUCGUCAACUAUCAGGUCAUCAUCGUGUGAAUUGUUAACACCAAGAAAACUAAAUUGCAUCAAAUGCAAAAAUUACAGUUAUGCACUUGUGAAAAGGAAAAAGCGCUUGGAUAAUAGAAUAAUUCAUCCUAGGAAAUUCAGCCAUUCCAGCUUUAAACACUCAGAUAUGACCCGGGAUGAAUUGUGCCUUAAACUAAAGGAGCAAAAAGGAGAAAUUAGUGACUUAACAAAUACUGUAUGGAAAUUAAAAAGACAAUAUGAGAAUUCGAUAAAGAAGGAGGGUGUUUCAGUUAAGGAGCAUGAAAGUUUGGAAUUAAGCUCGUUAAUGGAUUCCUGUAGUGAACAAUUUAAGCGUGGCUUCCCAGAUAGUAAUUCACGACAAAGGCUUUUCUGGGAACAACAGGAGCUUUACGCAAACAAACCAGACAAACGUGGUAUGCGGUGGCAUCCAAUGAUCAUAAGAUGGUGCCUUUUUCUUCGCCAAAAGUCACAGGCAGCUUACGAUGCAAUUUCUGAAUCUGGAUUUAUAAAGUUACCAUCAUCCCGGACCCUUUAUGACUACAGUCAUUUUUUGAACAGUGACUUAGGAUUUCAGAAAGAUGCGUUUGAAUUGGCCAAGAAAGAGGCAGAGAAGAAUGGACUGUUUGAUGUAGAAUGGAGAAGAUAUGUUGGACUGCUGUUUGAUGAGGUGAAGAUUCACGAAGAUUUGGUAUAUGACAAACACACGGGGGAAUUGGUUGGCUAUUGUAAUUUGGGUGACAUAGCCAACCAGAUGAUGAAGUUUGACACGGCACAAAAAGAGACAGGUGCACAAUCUUUAGCAAAGCAAGUUUUGGUGGUGAUGUUGAGAAGUGUAUAUGGGAAUAUGUGCUAUCCACUGUGUGCCUUUGCAACAAACACCAUUACUUCUGACUUUCUCUAUCCCUUGAUUUGGCAAACUGUUGAUGCUGUACAAACUGGUCUUAAAUUAAGAGUGCUGUUUUUUACGUGUGAUGGUGCUAGUCCCAACCGACGAUUUUUCCAUUUGCACCGUGUAGGAAAUGAGGAACUUGUAUUUAGAACAGUAAAUCCAAAUGAACCAGACCAUUACAUUUAUUUCAUAUCAGAUGUACCCCAUUUAGUUAAAACCCUCAGAAACAACCUGAGUAAUUCGUAUUCGCAUAACAAGUCUAGGACCUUAUGGCGCAAUGGAAAAGACAUCUCUUGGAUGCAUGUGGUGCGUCUCUUUGAAGAGCACUGUGAAACCAGUUUAUAUAAUGCCUGCCCAAGAUUGACAAGGAAACAUGUUUACCUUCAGUCAUUCAACUACAUGAAGGUAAAUUUGGCAGCGCAGGUUCUGAGCUCAUCGGUGGCAAAUGCCAUGCAGGACCUUUGUGGUCCCGAGACUGAGGAAACCGUUCUUUUUUUGAAAACUUUUGAUAAGUUUUUUGACUGUUUGAAUGUGAGAAGUGUUUGGGAAGGGCGGAACUCGAGGAACCCAAACAUGAACCCAUACCGUGAUCGUGACGACCCCAGGCUUGAAUUUUUGACAGUGGAGGUAAUAACAUAUUUGAAUGAUUGGGAGCAACAAGUUAACAACAGACGCGGACCAUUCACAAAGACCCAAAGAGCAAAUAUGCUACUAAGCUAUCAAACAUUAGAAGGUAUUAAAUUAGCUAUACACGCUAUUAGCAGUUGUGUUAAAUUUUUGUUGGAAGAAGGGGCAGAUUAUGUUCUGACAAAUCGCUUCAACCAGGACCCCCUAGAGCAACAUUUUGGGCACUAUAGGUUAAAGUGUGGUUCAAAUAGAAAUCCCUCUGUCUAUGAAGUACGCAAUGUGUUGCGAACAAUUCGAGCCGUCAAUUCACAGGCAAUAGGCACCAAACGAGGAAAUACUCAGCGUGACCCUGUUGAUGUGCAAACAAUAGACAAUGCCAAAAUCUCACGGAGAAAAUAACUUUUUGUUAUAGGUAGUAGAUAAGGACUUCAUGAGAUUGAACAAUCGAGCAUGUUCUUCAUUUAUCCAAAUUGCUUUCUAAAAUGAACAUUACUUGAAAAUAAAAUUAAUCAUACUGUAAAAUUUUCUUCAGAUCCAUGAUGUAUAUAUGUCCUGCAUAUGUCAAAUCAAAGUGAUUUCUACUUCUAGGGAAAAGCAUGUAGACUAUAAAUUGCAAGUAAUUCUGAUCCAGAGCAGUACUUAUCUUAAACAAUUUUCAGAUUAACAGAAACGUUUAAUCCUGUUCAUACUUCAAUUGCGUGACUAUGUUUGUGUUGUGAAUGUCAACAUGUACAUUAUAAUUUUCUUUGAAAUAUCUGUAUCAAAUUGAUAUUUUUAUCACACCAAGCAUAAGUCUCCCAUUGGGUAUUGAGCACUGAACAUGAGAGUAACAUUAAGGAAUAGGUGCUUUUAAUGUAGAUUUUUACUAAAUUUCAAUCAUUCCCAAUUUCAGUGAAGAAAACAUGUCCAUUUUCCCUAUUAUAGCAAUAAUUGCGCUUAUAAUAUGAAUUUAUUUUGAUGUCAGAGCUUAAAUUGCUGCUUUACAUUCCAUAUCUUGUGUUGGUUGACUAGGUAAAAAGUAAAGGUAAAUGUGACCUCUCUGUUCUGUUCUGCUGAAACUUUCAAAGUUCAUGAUUUAUGAAUAAGCAUAUCUAUGCGCUGUAAGAUGCAGUUUGAAAAAUAUCUGUAUCAGACUCUUUUAGAAAUAAAAAUCUGAAAUUUGAAAAUUGUACAGCAUUUAAUAAAAAGGUUAACCGAUAAAAAAAAUUAUAAGAGUAUUUCUUUGUGUGGUGCUAGUCUCAAUGAGUUAUUUAUAAAUUGUACAUAUCCUAAAUGAAGAUACACGUAUAUUUUGAUUCACAGAUGAAAUUUCAAUUGUCGAAAUAUACUGCCUAAAUAUCUAUCGGUUUGUUUGGUAACAUUUGAUCUUUUUGUGUGGAGAAUUUUGCCUAUGAAAUUAUUAUUUUUUAAAUCUGUCCGCAAACAGUUUCCCAUCCCGUUGAUAUGUAUUUAUGUAAUUGUUUUGUUGUAAACUAAAUUUAGAUAAAAUGUAUAGAGGAUAUUACAUGAGUGUUCUUUCAUAUUUAAUUUAUAAUUUGGAUAAAAGGAUAAAUUGCGAGGCUUUGCGGAGCUUUUUAUCAUUUUAUUCGACAAGUAUAAUAAAUUCCAUGUGAAAAGACGGGAAUGUAAUAUUCUUUCUAUAUCACGUCACUUUUAUUACUGAAACUUCGACAUAUCGUGCUUUUUUGCCCUAUAUAAACGCAGCAAAUGCCAAAAAUGUCCAUACGCUAAAACAAUGUAACGUCAAAAUUUUUAUUACACUAGUGAAAUAUGAAAAAUAUGUAAUGACUUUAUUCCACUCCUGCGAGUCAAACGUGAUAAGUAUAAUUAUUAUGUUGUAAUCUGAUUUUAAAAUAUAUUAUGUAUAGAAUUACUUUGUUGUUAUCUAAAUGUUAUUUUAUGUAUAUAGUAUUCUAUAUGUAGUUUGCAUUGCAUGUAGAAUAGUAUCUAUAGUUUAUAUGUGUCACGUUCUGAGAAAACUGUGCAUAAUACCUGUGCGUAAAGCGUUAUCCCAGAUUAGCAUGUGCGGUCCUAACAGGCUAAUCGGGGACGACACUGUACGCCUUAUUAAGAUUUUUGGUAAGAAGGGACUUUCUUUUAACAAAAAAUACCAUAAAAGCUGAAGUGUCGUCCCUGAUUAGCCUGUGCGGACUGCAAAGGCUGAUCUGGGAUGACACUUUACGCACAUGCAUUAAGCUCAGUUUUCUCAGAACAAGGCUCAUUUCUAUCUCUUACAAAUUUAUUACUGUUCAUACUCAUGAUAAUAUAAAAGAAAAAUAAAAUUAUGUUCUCCUGA